AGGAAAAACGAUCCCGUUAAAUUCCCAGCUGUCCUGCCCGUGGUUUCCCUGGAAACGACUACACAAAUCCAAGGAAAACAUCCGGGAAAGACCCUCUGCUGUCCCUCUUAUCGUCUGAACGUGGAAUAACUGCAGGAAUAGUUCAUACGGGCUGUUUACAAUUAGGCUAACACGACAUUAACAUACAAUACCCUGCAGAACAUGACGACUUCUGCGUAUCCUAUAGACUUAGAUGGCGGUGACCCUCGUCUAAAACUCAGGGUUCAAAACAGAACAAGAAACAUUUUUGUUACACAGCUGGACGACACAAGGUAGGUGUGUGUUUUUAGUGCACAGUCGACAGUACGUUGGCUUUCUUUCCCCUUUACACCUCCAGGAAAAGUGUUGGUUUGAAUUGUAUUUCUUCCCCAGACAUAAAGAAGAGGAAAAUGUGAACUACCUGCCUGUUGUAACAGAGGUAAGACAGUAAGUCUGCCAAAAUAUACAUAAAAAGAUCUAACAAUAAAGUGUUAAUCUGUGCAUUUGUAGCCUAUAAAUUAUUCUAAAAAAAAUACAGUAGUGGAGCUGCUAUGAUGAUACCACGUUUUGGGACUUUUCUGUUUGUGGUAAAAAUUUUUAAGCAGCUGAUGUUAUUUUUUCAUGUGCAGACAUCAGGCCGAAUCCUUGAAGCAGGGGUAAACACUCUACAAAAGACUCUGGUCCUGAAGAAACAAGCUGAGUUGGAAGAAGUGGAAUAUCAACUCACACUGAAAAGGCAAGAGUAUAAGAUCAGAGUGGAGGUUCUGGCUAAGAGAAGAUCUGAACUGGAACUACAACAACAGCAGGUGAAAUGAGGCACACAUCUUCUACCUCACUUUCUACAAGCCAGUAAGUUUAUUCUGAUAUGAGUGUGUUUGGGGUUUCUUUUUCCUAGACCAACGAAAGAGCAAUAAAAUUUGAGAAGUUUGUGGCCGAAAAUGAAGAAAAGCGCCGUGGAGCACUGAAGAAGUACGAGGCUGCACGAGAGCAGAACAUUUUGAAGCAGAAAGAGAUUGAUGAUCUGACUGAGCAGCUAAAACAACUGGAGGCCAGGUGAGGACUUUACCACUAAUCCGUUUUACAAGUAUGUUACUUUUUAAAGUUACUUUUCAGCUUUAUGGUAAUAUCUCAACUCACAGGCAUCAGCUUCUAAAGGAGAGAAUAGAAAGACAUAAAGUCUAUGAGGACUACUUAAUGAAAACACUGGAUUACUUCCCCAGCAGUAAGUGCUUAAGUGACUUCUUCACCUCACAUUACACCCGUUUCCCUCACUGAUUUAAGCAUAGACCAGAAGUGAAACAUCUUUUAUGCAUAAUAUUUUCCAGCUUACCACGACAAUGGGUCAGACUCUUUGGUUAUGCCCAUCAUUCGGCGCCAUGAGACACUAUCCAUCACCAACCAGCGGCUGCAGCAGCGUUUGGGGCGUCUGGAGGAGGAGGCGGAGCAGGGCCAGAAACAGCUGCAGACCAUGAAGCAGGAGCAUAACCUUAAAAAACUGGUCGGACACACAUAAACAACUAUCUACUCAAAUUUUUCUCAGAUAAAAAGGAUUUUCAGAAAAUUUACCACAGUUAUAUUGUGUUGCAGAAGGUGAAUAAGGAACUGUCUGAGCUUCAGAUUGAGUUGGAGACCCUCAAAGAGAAGAACAAGCGGGCGGAGGCUCAUUUAGUGAUGGACCAAGGCCUAGCAAAAGAGAAGGUAUGCUUCUGAAAUGUAAACUUUCAGUUAUUUAUCUGCAGAAAGAAACACUUUUAUUAAAUGUGCUGUUCUGACCCAGGUUGAAGACAUGGGAUCUGUGCUUAUGGCAGUAAACAACCUUGCUGAGCAGUGUUACCUACCAGCAUAUGGCCCUCUGGAAAACAUGACCAUAUUAACAAAGAUGGACAUGGUGAAGGUAAUAUUGUAACAGAAGAGUUUGACUUUCAAGAAUAAUUAUUAGCAAUCAUAUCAAAGUGCUCUCAAUGGAUUUUUUUCUAAACUUUAUACUCUGAAAUGGUCAACUGCAGGAGUACAUUCUGGACAUCGCCGACACAGAGAAGAGAGCGAGGAGACUGAUGGUGUCUGGGUCUGCAGUGACCAGCAGAACAGCUCUGACAGACAAAAGAGAGCGGGGAUCGAUGAAAAGCAUGGGCAGUAAAUCUCAAAUAAAAAGUUCAAGUAAAGUCAGUAAAAAAAGUAUGGCAACAAGUUAAUGUCAAACUCUAACAACUUAACAUCACAUCACUGCUCACAGUCAUCACUGUUGAACGAUUAAAAUAAAAGAGAAAUAAAUGUCUUAAACACAGGACUUUGUAAAUGUGUAUCUGUGGGGGUUAUCACUGUAUGUAUUUUUCUUAGAUUUAGAUGGUAGCCUACAUCUAGAACAAGAAAUUCCGAGCAGAUUUUCUAAUUUAUAAAGUUUUCGUAAUGUUCUUUGUAAUUUUGUGCAUUUUCAGUCAGUACAGAUCAAUUCAGAUUCUCAGUUUUACCUCAAAGGGUCGAUUCUGUUUUUUAUUUCCUGCCACAAAGUUUCAUGUCUUGCAAAAUAAACCUCACAAAAACAAAGGAAGUUCUUACUCCACGUCAGAAAACACUGUUGUGCAGGUUUUCUUACAGGCUCACAAAAAUCACCAAUUAUGCUAAAAUGCUGCUUGUCAGUGAAAUGCAGUCAAAGAAGCAAAGCACGUUUAACCAUGUUGUUAAAGGGUUUAUAUAGUCAGUAACUUGAGCUCCCAAGGAUAAAUUGGCGUGUGAGUUGUCAGGCUGAGUCAGGCUGUUGUUUUUCUCAUUCCUGCUGCCUGUUGCUUACCUCUGUAGCUCUUGCUAAAUUUUGCCACAUUACUAUGAAACUCAAUCAUAUCUUCUUCAUGUUAAAAAUAAAACAGAAUAUAUUCUAGACCUGCUGUUUUGCAAAGCAUCUUGAUAUAACAUUUGUUGUGAAUUGCUCCUAUGUAAAUAAAGAUUGAAUGAUAGAUCCAGAA